AAGCCGGACGUGACGUACUCGGACGUGGGGGGCGCGAAGGAGCAGCUGGAGCAGCUGCGCGAAGUGCUCGAGUUGCCUCUCUUGCAUCCCGAGCGCCUCCUCUCGCUCGGGAUCGAUCCCCCCAAAGGCGUUCUUCUUUACGGGCCCCCCGGCACAGGCAAAACCCUCACUGCCCGCGCAGUCGCCAACAGAACCGACGCCUGCUUCAUCUGCGUCAUCGGAUCCGAACUCGUUCAGAAGUACGUGGGGGAGGGUGCGCGGAUGGUGCGGGAGUUGUUCGAAAUGGCCCGCAGCCGCCGCGCAUGCAUUCUCUUCAUCGACGAGAUCGACGCCAUUGGCGGCAGCAGAGGCGCAGAGGGAGACGGCGGACACGGAGACCACGAGGUCCAGAGGACCAUGCUCGAAAUAGUGAACCAGCUGGACGGCUUUGAAGCACGCGGAAACGUAAAAGUCCUAAUGGCCACAAACCGCCCCGACACUUUAGACCCCGCGCUGCUCAGGCCCGGCCGCCUUGACAGAAAAAUCGAAUUCGGACUCCCGGACCUGGAGGGCCGCACGCACAUCCUGCGGAUCCACGCGAAAACCCUCAGCGUCGACAGCAACAUUCGCUACGAGCUGCUCGCCCGGCUGUGUCCCAACAGCACGGGGGCGGACUUGCGCUCCGUCUGCACAGAGGCCGGGAUCCUUGCCAUUCGCGCCAGGAAAAAGAGCAUCUCUGAGAAGGACUUCAUUGAGGCGAUUAACAGAGUCAUUAAAAGCUACAAGCGCUUCAGCGCCACUGCCAAAUACAUGGUCUAUAACUGA